AUGGCUGGAGAAGCCAAAGUAGCCGGGGUGCUGGUGCAGAAAGCAGCUUCUGAAGAACCUAAGUCACAGCUGCAGCAGUUUCAUCAAGGACAACAGAGAUUGUCAAAUACUGAACAAAAUGGAGUAAAAGAUAAUCAUCAACCAAGACAUCUUCCCCGAAAUGAUACCAGGCAACCAAGAAAUGAAAAACCUCCUCGUUUUCAGAGAGACACCCAAAAUUCAAAGUCAGUUUUAGAAGGCAGUGGAUUACCUAGAAAUACAGUUUCUGAGAGACCAAGUACUUCUUCAGGAUCUGAAGUAUGGGCUGAAGAAAGAAUCAAGUGUGAUAGACCAUAUUCUAGAUAUGACAGAACUAAAGAUACUUCAUAUCCUUUAAGUUCUCAGCACAGUGAUGGUACUUUUAAAAAAAGAGAUAACUCUAUGCAAAGCAGAUCAGGAAGAGGUCCAUUGUAUACAGAGGCAAAAGAAAAUCCACUUUCUCAAGAAUCAUUAGAUUAUAAUAAUCAAAAACGUGGGAAAAGAGAAAACCAAACAGCUAAUCCUGACCAUUUUUAUGACAGGAAAUCACGAACAAUAAAUAAUGAAGCUUUCAGUGGUGUAAAAAUUGAAAAAUAUUUUAAUGUAAAUACCGAUUACCAGAAUCCUGUCCGAAGUAAUAGCUUCACUGGUGUUCCAAAUGGAGAGACAGAAAUGCAAAUGAAAGGAAGACGAGUAGGACCUAUUAAGCCAGCAGGACACAUUACAGCCGUGCCCUAUGAUGAUAAAGUAUUUUACAAUAGUGGGCCCAAAAGAAGAUCUGGACCAAUUAAACCAGAAAAAGUACCAGAAGCAUCUAUUCCUAUGGAGUAUGCAAAAAUGUGGAAACCUGGAGAUGAAUGUUUUGCACUUUAUUGGGAAGACAACAAGUUUUACCGAGCAGAAGUUGAAGCUCUUCAUUCUUCGGGUAUGACAGCAGUUGUUAAAUUCAUUGAUUAUGGAAACUAUGAAGAGGUGCUACUAAGCAAUAUCAAGCCCAUUCAAACAGAGGCAUGGGUACGUGAUCCAAAUUCUGUAUAAAGACAUAAGCUAUUUUGAAGAAAAUACAUAACUAACUAAAAGAUCAGUCAUAGUCAUAUAAAUUUUGCAGGUGGAAAAAUAUUUUGAAUUUGCUUAAAACUGGCUGUCUCCAAAGUAAAAUUUUAAUUUAAUAAUUACACUGAACUACAAUAAAAGUGAAUGGAUUGGAAUUACUUUUCUUGUGUAACGCUUUGUUGUAUUACGCUUUGGAAAUAGGUGCCCUUAUUUACAUGUUUGCUAAGAAUUUUUUAUGUGUAAAAUGGAUUUUUAUGCAUAUUUUUGUUCUUUCCCAAUUUGUUACUUUAAAUUUGACUAAAUUAUGUCCAGUAUUUAUCAAAUUUAAAUCUCUGUUGGAUACAUGUAUAUUGUUUAUUAUUUUAGUUACAUGUAAAAUCAGGAAAGACACUUUAAAUUAUAUAUGAAUUCACACUGAAUUUCCUGCAUACAUUUAUAUAUAUGUGUAUAGAUUAAUAUAAAUAUCUCUGUUUAAUAAUCAUUUGAUUAGUUUUGUUGCCAAAUGUUAGGUCAAAAUUGUGUGAUAACUGCUAUGAUGUAAUUUAGAACUUAUUGGCUUCCUGGAGUCUAUUUUAUAGAGGACUUAUGUGACUGUAUAUAGAAAGGUUCUCAACUACAUUUAGGAGAAAACAGGAGCAUAGGACACAUUAGAAUUAAUUUCAUAAAUUUUUUCUUAUUUUUCAAUUUGUGAGUAGCUGUUAAUAAACUUAUCAUUAGAAGCCUAA